CGGCGAGAACGAGAUGCUGUAAUCACGACGACUGCGAUUGCAUCUCACACAAUAUCACUGGUAACCCCGCUUAGGCUGGGUGCACUUCCGUGCCUCGGCUCCAUCCAGCGAGAAACUAGCUCGAGACGCGACCAUACCCCAGGUUGAAUGGCUGACUGGCGCCACGUAAUGAGUGCUGUCAGAGCGUUUCAACAGCGGCAGGUCCUCGUUUGGCUCGCACAUGGUCGAAGCUUCUGUCCGCAGCUCCAGCGAUACGCGACAAUCCGAAUACACCGGAUGAGCUCUCCGCUCAGCGCCCGGCAUAGCCGACCGGUGCACGCCUUCUUUGGCCCGUGUUCCGACUCACAUGCUUUAAUGCGGGCCACAUGUGCCCGUGAUGUGAACUGCUGCUUGAAUUGCCACGUCAACAGAUAUGCGUUCUCUGAAGGAAAAACUGGGCAGAGACGACGCCGAGGAUGUCGCCAAGACCGCAUCCGUAGGCCUAGAGAAGGCUUUCGACAUAUUCAAAGAUGUUGCCAACAAUCUUGGUAUGUCACGUUUGCAGACGGGUGUUCCCACGACGAUGCUGGGGAUGGUCCGGAGAUCGCGUAUGAACACGGAGAGCAUCAAUGACUUAGCCAUGGAGGUCAAAGAGUUGGCAGAAAUGGUGCAAGAGUGUACGGAACUCCACGACCAGGCUAGACUCGACCGAUUAUUUCUCUCUUGGAAGACAGUUAAUGACGAAGCACAAGAACUCAAAUUCCGGCAGACAUUAUCGACAUUAUCAAGCGAUGAAGAGACAGAGAAGAUCGCCGGUUUGGCCUAGAAAUUAUCCCGGUCGAUUCAGAGUUUCAUGGUACACAACGUUUUAUGUCUUACGAUGCCUUCACUUCGCUAAUAUGCCGUCUUGAACCGCAGCUUGAGGGCCUCGGCUCUGUCCUUGUUGUAUCAAAUACAAAAGAGACGACAGCGAAUACGCACACAACCCAUCCGACACUCUCCGAAUUUUUGCUCGGCUCAAUUCGAGGCAAAGACCAUUAUCUCGCUGUCGACCCACAUCACCAGCACACACAACUACUCAGCGCGUGUCUCGAGGUGUUACAAGGACUCAAGCGCGAUAUCUGCAAUAUUCGUGACCCUUCUCUGCUCAAUAGCGACGUUCCUGAUCUGGAUAAGCGCGUGAGGAGCGCAAUUCCAUGGUAUCUGAAGUACGCCUGUCGACACUGGUGUGCCCAUUUGUUGGGCGGAGAGCUGUUGGACGAAAUCCUGGACGCGCUUUUGGAGUUCGCACAGGAGCGACUACUUCACUGGGUCGAGGCCUGCAGCCUACUUGGGGUGCUAAUCGAAGCCAUAUCCGGCCUCAACAAGUCGCAACGCAAG